GAUUAAAUAUUUUGGUAGUUGAAGGAAACUAUUGGCUGACACUUGGGCUUCUAGACGUGGUGGGCCAGCUGUGGACGGACGCGCACGCUCUCCAAUGUCCAGAAGAGAUCCAGAUGUGCGUCACUUCUUCCCCGCUCCCUGCGAUGCAACAUAUCCCCCUCACCAUAGAGACUUAUGAGAAAGAGAGGGAAAGGGGAGGGUAUUUACAGUCCUUAAAUAGCCUUCUUCAGCCUUAUAAUGGGAAAACUCUGCAGAUAUGUCACACAACUAUAAAGAAUGCAAGCAUGCAUGGUAACAAAAAAAAAACAAAAACAAAAACUCAAAGUGUUAGGGAUCUCUCAUCAGGGUCAUUUGUUAAAUCACAGUAACAGACAGAAUUCCCUUCCUCCAUUAUAAGUCCAGUGCAUGGUAACCAAUCCCUGGAUUGUCUGUUUUGUCUGGGUUUGGUCACUGGCUAUUUGAGACUCUUGACUCUGCUGUUAAAAUGAUAUUUGAGGAUCUUUGAAGCCGGAGCAAGGAAUCUAACAAGAUGAGACGUCUUCCUGGGGAGGAUGAGGGAGAAAGGGGCUUUCUUUAGAGAGAAAUUCUGAUGUUUUCGUGUGUAUGUGGUUUGGAUUGCAGCGUUUGAUAUCCACAGGAGGUGUAUUGUUUCAUCUUAACUAAUUUUAAUCAAAACAGUUGAAACACUAUCCCUCCGGCCUGAUGUAAGCCUGCCUGGAUCUCUGGGUCGGCCCAGUUUGUUGCCUUUGGCUUGCAGCUCUCUCUCUCUCGCUCCAUGGUUUGGGAUAUGGCUUGUCACUCUCAUAAAGCAGAUGUUUGUCCAAACUGCCAAAAAGAAACAAAAACAACAUUGUGGGAUGUGGAGGGGGUGGAUGAGGAGGAGGAAAAGAAAAAUCUGUCUUUAAAAGCAGGAAUACAGAGAAAGUGACACUGUGAUAUGUGCAGAUGGAAGAAGGGCCAAACAGUGAGAGAAACUGAUUUCUAGUUCAACUGAGGUCCGUUCCAAUGUUUUCUUUGUAACGCAUCUGUUUCAGCACCACAUUCGGACCUCACUCCCUCCACGUCAGAGCCAGAUUCACAGGCCCCAGACACCGGAUCCUUGACUUUAAUCAUCGUUAGGCAUAUUUGAUACGGCUGCUUCCACUCACUCACCCACCCACACGCACUCUCUCCCAGAACAGACAGAGCAGGAAAGUGAGCAAGCAAAUAGGGAGAGAUCCAUUUCUGUCGGAGGCCCUGGGUUGCGGAGCAGAGGUCGGAGCGGGGAAAGAAUGUGCAGUCAGUACUACAAGCGCUGCAACACCACAGCAUACUGUGCUGGAAAAGAGGGUGAAACUCGAGACCAGCGCCGUGUCGAGUGUCAGGCCUGGAAGGUGCCGGGAUGUGGAGGGGAGGACAGGGCAGGGGGGGAAAAGAUGGGAGGAAGAAAAAAUGAACAGAGGCAAGACGAGAGGUAGGGGAAAGCUUCAAGAGGAGAGGAGUUGUGGACGUUAGAAAGAAAAGAGGAGUGAAGAGAGAAGCGGGGCAUUUCCGAGAACCGUGGGACCUCACCAUGGUGUUGGGUGUCCCGCCCUGAUUUCUGUCCAUUCCGGAUCAGGUUUCUCCUCCAAUCCGGUUCCUCUAAAGCCACAGAGAGACGUUUGCAGAAAGCACCAUGAAUGAGCUCCUGGGGUGGUACGGAUACGACAAGGUGGAACUCCGAGAGUCUGAGGCCAAUGAGAUCAGAAACUACAGGGAAAGGCGGCAGCAUGUGUCUGUGCUAAAAGAAAACUCAUUGCCAAAACCCAAAAGCCUGGAUGCCAAAGUCAGCCACUCAGUCCUGGCCAUAAAGAGUGGAGAGAGGGACUCCUCCAGCGUCCCUUCGUCCUCGCAAUCCUCUUCUUCAACAAGCUCGAUUCUGACCACCCCGAAGGAGCACAAGAAUGCCCCUGUCAUCGUCCCUCUCAUCAAGCCGUCAGCAGUGGAGGAUGUACAGAACGUGCAAAUAGUAUGCGUUUGGUGCCAGAAGGAGGGUGUAAAGCGCUACUCACUGUGUAUGGGCUCGGAGCUCAAGAGCUUCUGCAGUGAGAAGUGUUUUGCUGCCUGCAGACGGGCCUACUUCAAGCGCAACAAGGCCAGAGACGAAGACCUCCAUGUUGAGACAUCACCUCAGCCCCCUCAUCCAGAGGACUCACCCAGAUUAGUGUUAAAGAUAAACACUAAUGUCAGAUCUCUCUCUCCUGUACCACAGGUCUGUGACUGGUGCAAGCAUGUUCGCCAUACAAAAGAGUACCUGGACUUUGGAUCUGGUGAGGAACGCCUUCAGUUCUGCAGCAUUAAAUGUCUCAACCAGUAUAAGAUGGAUGUGUUCUACCGAGAAGCCCGUGCAGCUCUCACCAGCACCAGUUCCAGUCCAAACAGAACCAGCCAGGAUGGGAGAGUGGAUAGCAGCACACCAGGGCAAAAGCUACUUACUCCCGAGUCUUGGAACAGCAGCAUCAGCAGUACAGGGGAUGCACGCAAUCGAAACCUCUCCCCCAAAGGGUCGGCGCUAAUUCACGGACCUGUGGAAUUAAUGUCUGUGCCAUCUUCAGAAGCAUCUUCUUCUUCUUCCUCUUCAAAGGUCUCAGUUUCCGGGCUUAAGAAUCUGGAGAGAUCCAUUCAGCCAUCCUUACCUACUAUGGAUGUGCCACCUCAUUCAGCUCCCCCUCUUCCUCCACCUCCUCUUCGCCCUCCUCUGGAUCAAAAGCCGUUACCUCAAAUCCCUAUACCCUUCAUCAGGCCCCCGCUUCAUGCUCAGGGUCUAAAAAGUCCCCUUGCCAAUCCUCCCAGACACACAGGCCCCGCUUCCAGCCCUAUCCACAGACCGCCACACUCUCCUCUCCUGCAGCCUCCCACCUCUUCUUCGAUGAAUCCCCCAGGACUUAUGCAUCCUUUCCCUGGUGCCUAUUUCCCUGGCUUACAUUCACCUCCACUAAACUUAAUGCCAAGAGGACCUGUCCCAGUGCCUCCAAUAAUGAACUAUGGUAUCCCCUCUUUUAGUCCCUUUUUACCCCAACCCACUGUCCUGGUCCCCUAUCCUAUCAUUGUUCCCUUACCUGUCCCCAUACCAAUUCCAAUUCCCAUUCCAGUUCCCCCUAAAGCAGACCUUGAAAUGCCAAAUCAUGGUGGAGUAAUCCAGCCAGUCCCAGAAGGGGUAGAAAGAGGUAGAUCCAGGACUACUAGGUCAGCAUCUCCAGAUAUCUCUGAAGAAGCAAGCAGAGUGGAGGUCAACAAACAAGGGGGACACUUUUCUCAAAGCCUGAGUUUAACAAAUGAAUCAAACCCAAAGGACAUAGAUUGGGUUAAAUCAGAAAGGCAGUUUUUGUCCCCGUUAUCCACACCUCAAAGUAAAGCGCUCUCCCCCAGAGCACAAUGUAAUGAAUUGUCCUUCCCAACCAAAACAUCUGAGGUACUGACAGACUAUCAAACUAUACAUCAGCAGACAGAGCGCCAAGUCAUCCAAAGGGUUCUCCAGAGGACUCAAGUGAAGUUAGAGCCCAGUGCCAACGGAAUGGUGGAUCCAGCAGCACUGGGAGAGUCAGGACCAGGUCAAUUUAACAGAUCAGGGUUCUAUAAUAUGAUCAGACCGAACCUUACUCUGCUACAGCCACCUUCAAAUGACUUCCAGCAAUCUGAUUCCCUCACUUCAUCUUCUAACAGCCCAUCUAGCCCCACGGACAGCAGCCAUUCACAUAAUACCAAGUUAUCUACCCAGGACCAUCCUCAAAAUGGUACGUCGCCUUUAUCCGCACCGUCUAGUAUGGACUUUUCCUUACCCCAGAGAUUACAAGCACCUCCCCAGGACCCUGCACUCAGUGAACUUGAAGCUAUCAAAGAAAACAAAUGUUCUGUUGUUAGCGCGGUGCUGGUUGAAGGUCCAAUCAGUCAGUUAGAAGGGCCCUUAGCAGUCAGUGGGGGUGUAGGGGACGAUUCCCAUGUUCCAGAUGAGGACCACGCUUAUGCUCUGCCCACAGCACCUAAGACAGGGGGGACCACAUCCCCGUUACUCCUACCCAAACUCAGGGACAAGGGUAGCUUACGUAGUCCUGCCAAUAUGCCCAGCGCAGUGGAGAUGGAGCCAGCCCUGAAGAGGCGAUGCCUAAGGAUCCGAGAUCAGAAUAAAUAGACAAUGGAGACUCCCUGUGUGACGUUGUCCUUCAGUGCCAGAUUCAGCGCCACGCUGUUGUGCGGACAACACCAGAGCGAACACUUUCCUGCCUGCCUGUCUGCCUGCAUGUCGCUCAGCUCGUCAGACCAGCAGGCUGCCAGCCCAGGAAGCAGUCCAGAUGGCCGAGUCAUCACAAGUCAACAACGUGGAACAACACACAACUCAGUCACGCAUAUUUUUUUUUGGACCAAAAAGUAUCACUGGCUUGUGUGUUGCAUGAACUGACUGAGGAUUUGAAAGGGAGGUCCUCAGAUCCUCAUCCUGUCUGACAUUGGCCUCAAGCGUUUAUGUGGGCACAAGUUAGUGUGGCUGGCCAGAUGCGCUCCUCCUCCUCUCCUUACUCCACUCAGCAGACAGCGCUCUGAUCAGCCUUGUGUGGUCUUCUCAGAUGGAGCCUGAACAUGAUCUCUUUCCAGGGGAAACGGUUUGUUUUCUCUGCCUAGCUUGCACAAAGAGCCACAUUGUUUCUCUUCUCAUAUCCCACGCUGACUCCCCACUCCAGGUUUUGAGUUACCUGGCCGAUCAGGGCUCAAACUUCAGGAGCGGGCUUUUUUUUUUCCUUUCUAUUUUUUUGAGCAAAAGCUAGAAAUAUAGUAUAGCAUUUUCUAUUCCGCCUAUCCGCCCAACAUAAAUACAGGACAUGCUACACUCACUCGUUUCUGAGAUUUUAUCUCCUUACAAGUGGUUGCCUGAAAUUUGCCAGCCUGUCACUCUUUUGAGAGAGAAAUCUGCAGAGAUGAAAACUUUAUCCUCAGGCAAGUUUCUCGAAGUGUUCGGAGAUUCGGGCUGUAGAAUUACUGUGGAAAGUUAAAGUAUGAGGAUGCACUUACCAGUGCACAGUAGCUUUGAUAAUAUGAGAUUCGUGAUGAUGAUGCUGGUACUAUUUCCCUGAUCUACAAAAUCAGAACAACUUGUAGCACUGAGUGCCAUGCAUCCUUGCUAUCUCUUGACAGGGUAACUGAUUUCAGUUUUCUUGCUCUUAUCUGACAAUUCUGUAAAGAAGGAUCAGCCUUGUAAUAUUACCAGAUGAGGUAUUACACUCGAAAGCAUCAAAUGCUGCAGCAAAACAGUGAACAGUAUUACAAUUGCCACAUUGGGGACACAUUGAUUCUGACAGAUCGCUUUGGGGCUUGUCAACACUUCAUUUUGGUAAACUCUGCACAGGUACAAUUUGAUGUUAUAAUAAGUUAUUGAAGAUGCAUAAGUACAUUUUCAUUCAAUGCAUUUUUUCUGUAUUUGUAUUUUUAUUUGAAUAUAUUUAGUGAGUGCUGAAACCCUUUUGUGCCCUUUAAUGUUAUCAUGAUUAUAAAUCCCCACUAGAGGGCAGUGUUUACCAUUUUAUCUUUGCACCUGCGCACCGAUAGUUUCUCAUGCAGUCUGGAGAGUUACAAUAGUUUCCAAUAGUUACAAAAAUGCACUCAUUGCUUUACUGAUAUCCAAUGCUAAAUACGUACAGUUUGCCAUUAUUUUCUCUUUGAUACCAAAUACUGCCAUCAGCAUCCUUUCUAUUCUUUCUCAUAAGGAACAUCGGACAAGUCACCCCCUUUGAACUUCUCCACAUUUUGUUAUGGUACAAACACGAACCAUAGUAUAGUUAGUUAGACUUGUAUGUGAUUGGAAGAAAAAUAACCACCUUUUGCUGUAAUGGCUGCUGUACGUCUUUUGGAGUAUGUUGCUGUCAGCUUUGUAUACGUAGACAUUGACAUUUUUACCAAUUCUUCUUUGCAAAAAGUGGAAGGAAAAUAUUACAUGGUUUUUAAAAUCUUUUACAAGUACAAAUGUGGUAGAAAAUGUGCACUACUCAUCACCUCAAACUCACCAUUCACGCAGUGAAGCAUGGUGGUGGCAGGGUCAUGUUGUGGGGAUUCCUUUCUUAAGCAGAGAAAAGGAAGUUGGUUGGAAAUGAUGGGAAGAUAGAUGGAGCUAAAUACAGGUCAAUAUUGGAAGAAAACCACUUAGAAGCUGCAAAAAAAAAAACAAAAAAAAAAACUGAAGACUGGGGUGAAGGUGCGCCUUAAAGAUUUUGUGGCCUUCAAUGCUAAAAUUCAGUGUGUGCUUAUGCGUGCCAACAGUUGCAACACUUUUAUCUGUUUUUCCAUUCAUCCAAUGCCACUUCCACCCUGCAGGUCAUGCCAUUAUGGCGGAGUCAUCCUCUGCCUGUAAGGAAACUUUGUCAACACCCUUCGCGAGUCAGUGGUAACAUCAUUUCUAACAAACAGCGGCACUGUCAACAACCGCUUCCCCAAUGUGAUGGCCAAAACAUCUACUAUCGCAACUGAAAUUAUGCUAUUGAAGAGCUUUUAUUUUUAUUAUUUAAAUUUGGCAGAAAAGAAAAAAAAAGUUUGUUGCUUUGUUGCCUGGUCUAUAGGUCCUGUCUGAUCUCCACUUGUCACACAUUUAGCCUUCAGUCUGGAAUAAAUCUGUCAGAUUGUUUGUAUUUGAAUAUAUAUAUUAUGUAUCCAAGAUCUUUGAUUGAGGUCUCUUUGUAAAGUACAAUAAAUAAAAGUUAUUCUAUGAGCAAGGA